AUGGCACAUGGCAGAGGGAUGCACUCCUUGUUUCAUCUGACACUGGUGUUGUCCAUCGUCCUGACCUCAGCUCUGAGAACCCUCGACUCCGAACAGGAGCUGCAGGACAGUGGGUUUGGUGAACCGCCACCUCGCCAUGGCAUCAGACUGCUGGAGUGGUACGUUAAGAACUGUCUGGACAACAACAUGAUGGCUCUGUGUGAUCCCAUCAAGGGGGAGUACGGAUUUCACGAGUUUAAGAACCGAGGGCCCCGUCGUCUGCUUCCAGUGAUAAAGGACAAAAGGCAAUACAAAUACUUUACCAUUGGAAACCUCCACUCUCAUCAUGCUGAGGAUCUGCCGUAUGAGGUCAGGAAGGACUACGACCGCAAAGACCCCAAUAGUAACAUGGACAGAGUUUUGGUGAGAUACAACAACAACAAUAAACGCAUCAGUGACAUCUACGCUUCUGCACAUUAUAAGGCAAAAGAGACAUACAUAAUUGGCCCCAAUCUUAUUGCCUCUCUUCGACAGCCAAGCGCUCUUGUUUACAUAGAAAUGUGA